AGGAUGGAGACUUGGAAGACAUUUUGGGGGAUCAUCUUCUUUGCAACUAGUUUUGGCCUCAUCAAAUCACAGAGGACUGUCUGCAGAGAGGCCUCUGUGGGAGAUGUCGUGUUUCUGGUGGACACCAGCACCAACCCCCAACAUGCCCGCAGUGUGAAGACCUUCUUAAACAUCCUGAUAAACAGCUUCAAUAUCAGCAGAGACACCAUCCGUGUGGGUCUGGCCCAGUACAGUGAUGUGCCCCGUUCGGAGUUCCUGCUUUCCACCUACCACCGCAAAGGCGACAUGUUGAGACACAUUCAGGGGUUUCGGUUUAAGCCUGGGGGCAAGAAGAUGGGCCUGGCCCUGCAGUUCAUUCUAGAUCACCACUUCCAGGAAGCAGCAGGGAGCCGGGCAAGCCAAAGGGUGCCUCAGAUCGCAGUGGUGAUCAGCAGUGGCCCAGCCGAGGACUAUGUCCGAGGACCCGCUGAGGCAUUUAAGAGGGCAGGCAUUCUGCUGUAUGCUGUUGGUGUCAGAGAUGCCGUGAGGGCGGAGCUCAGGGAGAUUGCCAGUGGUCCUCAGAAGAAUUUCACCUUCUUUGUUCCCAACUUCCCUGGUCUGAGCAGUCUUGCCCAUAAGCUACAGCAGGAGCUCUGUGAUACUUUGGCAAAGGCAGCUCAACUUGUUGACCACGUGUCUCCAGCUUGCAGAGAAGCAGAUCUGGCAGAUAUUGUAUUCCUGGUGGACAGCUCAACCAGCAUUGGGCCCCAGAACUUCCAGAAAGUUAAGAACUUCCUUUACUCUGCUAUCUUGGGGCUUGACAUCAGCAGUGACCAAGUCCAAGUGGGACUCAUCCAGUACAGUGAUAACAUCUAUCCAGCCUUUCAGCUGAACCAGUACCCUCUGAAGAGCAUGGUUUUGGAGCAUAUACAGAAUCUGCCCUACCACACAGGAGGCACCAACACAGGGAGUGCCCUGGAAUUUAUCAGGACUAACUAUUUGACUGAGGCAACUGGCAGUCGGGCCAAGGACAGAGUUCCUCAAAUAGUUAUCCUGGUGACAGAUGGGGAGUCAAAUGAUGAGGUCCAGGAGGCAGCUGAUCAUUUGAAAGAAGAUGGAGUUGUUGUGUAUGUGGUAGGAGUCAAUGUCCAGGAUGUCCAGGAGCUGCAAAAAAUAGCCAGUGAGCCAUUUGAGAAGUUUCUCUUCAACAUUGAAAACUUCAACAUCCUGCAGCAUUUUUCAGGAAGUAUUCUUCAGACUUUGUGCCCAGCAGUAGAGGGCAAAAUAAAAGAACUCAGUAAGGCCUAUGCAGAUGUGGUUUUUCUUGCUGACACUUCUCAGAACACAUCAUGGGACAGCUUCCAGGUGAUGCGGAAUUUCAUCACCAGAGUGGUUGGCAUGCUGGACGUUGGCAGGGACAAGUACCAGAUUGGGCUGGCUCAGUAUGGUGAUCAAGGUCACACUGAGUUUUUGCUCAAUACCUACAAGGCCCAGGAUGAGAUGAUACUUCACAUCCAUGAGAACUUUGUGCCUCGGGGUGGUUCCAGACGGACAGGCAAAGCUCUGCAAUACCUUUAUCGAACCUUCUUCCAGGAGAAAGCAGAAAGCCGGUUUCUCCAAGGCAUCCCUCAGUAUGUGGUGGUCAUUACCUCAGGCAAAUCUGAGGAUGAGGUCCGGGAUGCUGCACAGACACUGAAGGAGAAAGGUGUGAAAGUCAUAUUUGUGGGUGUCCAAGACAUUGGCAGGAGAGAACUGGAAGGGCUGGAGUCCCCACAACUCGUAUUUGAGAUAAAGAGAAGUGAUGGAGUUGAAUGGAUAACACAGGAUGUCAACAUGGUGAUCCAAGGGACUGGACAGCCAGGGAUCAGGAUUGAAGCCCAGGAGAGGCCAGCAGAAGCAUGUCCAACUGCUAUCCCGGCUGACCUAGUGUUCCUCAUUGAGGAAUUUAGCAGAGUUAGGCAAGCCAAUUUCCAACACGUCAUCAAUUUCCUAAAGACCACUGUCAGCUCCCUAAACACUCAUUCCAAUGCUGUGAGAAUUGGCCUGGUCUUUUACAAUGAGGAACCAUGUCUUGAAUUUUCUCUGGAUAUGUUUCAGAAUCCAGCAGCAAUCUUGAAGCAUUUGGACAAAUUAACCUACCGGGGAAAAAAACGGGGGGCAAACACUGGUGCUGCUUUGGAUUUCCUAAGAAAAGAGGUUUUCAUUCAGGAGAAGGGCAGCCGGUCUGACCAAGGUGUACAGCAGAUAGCUGUGGUCAUCACGGAAGGCUUCUCCCAAGACAACGUGUCCAGACCCGCAUCUCGCCUUCGGAAGGCAGGGGUCACCAUCUACGCAGUGGGCCCCCAGCAUGCCUCAGGCAGUAAGGACCUGGAGAAGAUAGCAUCAUAUCCUCCUCGGAAGCAUGCCAUCCUUCUGGAAUCCUUUCUGCAACUCUCCGUAGUGGAAAGAAAGCUUACACACCAUCUUUGCCCUGAGAUUGUAGUCAGCACAGUUUCUGUUUCUGGGAUGGACCAUGAAGAAGAUUGUGUACAUAUUGAAAAGGCAGAUAUUUACUUCCUUAUUGAUGGAUCUGGAAGUAUCUACCCGGAAGAUUUUCUUGAAAUGAAGGUAUUCAUGAAUGAAGUGAUAAAGAUGUUCCAGAUCGGGCCUGACAGAGUACAGUUUGGAGUUGUUCAAUACUCAGAUGAAAUUAAAAGUAAAUUUAUCCUCAGCCAGUAUUCUAGUGCGGCAGGGCUGAAGGCAGCCAUUGAUGCCAUCCAGCAGGGGGGAGGUGGCACCACAACAGGUGAGGCCCUGGGUAACAUGAUUCAGAUCUUUGUAGACACUGCCCGGAUCAAUGUUACUCAAUAUCUCAUAGUCAUCACUGAUGGUCAAUCUUCAGACUCUGUGGCUGAGGCUGCAGAAAGAUUGAGGAACCGUGGAGUCAUCAUUUAUGCUAUUGGAGUAAGAGGAGCUAACAUUGAGGAGCUUAAGGAAAUAGCUGAAGAUAGGAAUUUUUUCGUGAAUGAGUUUGAUUUAUUGAAGAACAUCCAAAAAGAAGUGAUACGGGACAUCUGCUUCUCAGACACCUGUAAGAAUACAAAAGCUGACAUUAUCUUCCUGAUAGAUGGCUCAGAAUCCAUCUCCCCCGAAGAAUUUGAAAAGAUGAAAGGAUUCAUGGAGAGAAUGGUGAACCAAUAUAAUAUUGGUGCUGAUGAAAUUCAGAUUGGUCUUUUGCAGUUCAGCUCAACUCCUCAGGAAGAAUUCAGACUCAACCAGUACUUUUCAAGGGAGGACAUUUGCAAAGCCAUCUCUAAGGUUCAGCAGAUGAAUGAUGGCACCCGCACUGGGAAAGCCCUGAAUUUCACUCUACCUUUUUUUGACAGUUCAAGAGGAGGGAGACCCAGUGUUCACCAAUAUUUGAUUGUGAUCACUGAUGGGCUUGCCCAGGAUAAUGUAGCCAUCCCAGCCAAGGCCCUCAGGGACAGAAACAUAAUUAUUUUUGCCAUUGGGGUGGGAGAAGCCAAAAUAUCUCAGCUUUUGGAGAUCACUAAUGAUAAGGACAGAGUGUACCAUGACAUAAAUUUUGAGUACCUACAGGACCUGGAAAAGGAAAUGCUUCAGAAGAUCUGCAGUCCGCAAGGAUGCAACAUGGAUUUAUUUGUUGGAAUUGAUAUCUCUACUCCUUCAAAGCAAGUUCAGCAGAACAAGCUUCUCAGGUUACUGCCAGAGCUGAUGCAACAGCUGGCCUUGCUUUCUAACAUCAGUUGUGGCAUUCCUGGUCACAUCAACCCGAGGUUCCGCUACAUGGUUCCUGGCUCAAAUGGACAGCUUAUCUAUGACUCAGGCUUUGAGCAAUACAGUGAUGAGAUCUUCCAGAAGCUCUUGGCCAAUAAUAACUAUCUGGAUGUGAAUUUUUUGCAAUCCCUGGGAGAUAAUGCUAUCAAUCUCUCUUCUGCUAAAGUAAAGGUCCUUUUAGUAUUUACAGAUGGACUGGAUGAUAAUUUAGAGAGACUGAGGAGGACAUCAGAGCUUCUGCACAGCAGAGGAUUGUCUGGACUUGUAGUCGUUGGCCUGGAAGGUGUGCCUAAAUUAGAAGAGCUCCAGGAGCUGGAGUUUGGCAGAGGGUUUGCCUAUAGGCAGCCUUUGAGCAUCACACUGCAAUCCCUCCCAACUGUCUUACUGAAGCAACUUGACACAAUUGUAGAAAGAACAUGCUGCAAUAUGUAUGCAAAGUGUUUUGGAGAAGAUGGGCACAGAGGUGAUGUUGGGAGUCCUGGGAGGAAGGGAGAGCUGGGUUUUGAUGGAUUACCUGGUCACCCUGGUGAAGAAGGUGGACAUGGAGAAAGAGGCCCCCGGGGUCUUCCUGGACUCCCAGGUGAGGAUGGAUGCCCGGGAACGAGGGGACCUAAGGGAAUAAGAGGAUUUUCAGGAGAGAAGGGAAACCCUGGUGAGGAAGGUGUUGAUGGCUUCGACGGAGAACAGGGUGGUCAUGGAGUUCCAGGAUUGCCUGGAGAAAAAGGAAAUAGAGGAAAUCGGGGCUUGACGGGACUGCCAGGACAACCAGGAGAGCGUGGAGAGCCUGGGUUAAGGGGAGAUCCUGGGGAUCCUGGAACAAAUAGUUACAUCCAAGGCCCUAAGGGAGAAAAAGGAAGGCGUGGGCAUCAGGGACAUUCUAGUUUUGAUGGCUCUCAGGGGGAAACUGGAAAUGUUGGCCCUCAGGGAUCAAGAGGAAGACGAGGUUUGCCAGGGCUAAAGGGUGUGCUUGGAGAAUCUGGCGAACAAGGUUACCAAGGAGAGCUGGGGUCUCCAGGCUCACAGGGACUGAGAGGAAGGCAAGGAAUACCAGGAGCUUCUGGACAAAAAGGCUUCCUGGGUGCUCAGGGGAGUCCUGGGCUUCCAGGGCCAAAAGGUUCAAAAGGAAAAGCUGGACCAAGAGGAAUGAAGGGAGAGGUUGGUGAUACAGGAGAAAGAGGCCCACAGGGUCGACAAGGACCAAGAGGGCAGCCUGGUAUUCAUGGUUCCGAUGGGUAUGGACAUCCAGGAAGAAAAGGAACAAAGGGUGAACCCGGAUUUCCUGGCUAUCCUGGUGCACAAGGAGAAGAUGGUGACCCAGGCCACCAAGGAGAGAAGGGAGCAAAGGGAAUCAGAGGGAAGAGGGGUAAUUCUGGCUUUCCUGGAUUUGUUGGAAUUCCAGGUGACCAAGGCCCACCAGGAAAAAUGGGCAUCAAGGGUCCCAAAGGUUUGGUAGAUAUGACGCCUUGUGAAAUUGUUAAUCUCAUUCAAGAAAACUGCCCUUGUUCAAAAGGUGUUUCCAAAUGUCCAGCGUUCCCGACUGAAGUGGGCUUUGCCUUGGACAUGUCAAAUAACGUCUCCCAGUUAGAUUUUGAGAGGAUGAGAGACAUUUUAUUAUCUCUGUUGAUGAAGAUGGAAAUAAGUGAGAGUAACUGCCCAACAGGUGCCCGAGUGGCCAUUGUUUCCUACAACACCAAAACAGACUACCUGGUUCGUUUCUCAGACUACAUGGGGAAGCGUGCACUCCUGGAGGCUGUCAGGAAGAUCCCUCUGGAACGGUCAUCUGGCCAUAGGAAUCUGGGGGCCACGAUGAGGUUUAUGGCGAGACAUGUGUUUAAACGUGUGCGCUCGGGCCUUCUCAUGAGGAAGGUGGCUGUGUUCUUCCAGGCAGGCUCAGCCUAUGAUGCAGCUUCCAUCAGCACAGCUACCCUGGAGCUUGGGGCAGUGGGCAUCAUCCCUGUGGUCAUCACCUUCACAAAGGAGCACAACCUCCCAGAUGUCCUGCUGAUGGAUGAGACCAGCAGAUUGCACUUGUUCAUCUGGGAGAUGGAGUAUGAACAGGAUGUGGAGCACAUGGUUCGCUGUACUCUCUGCCACGACAAGUGCCGGCCAGCUCCAGAAUGCCGGCGGGAUGUGCCGGGGCCCCAGGCGCUGGACGUGGACUUGGCGUUCGUGGUGGACAGCUCCCAUGGCGUGAGCACCGACGUGUACCUUGGAGCUUUGAGUCUAGUGGACGCUGUGUUAGGCGACCUGGAGGUGGCUGCGCAGCCGGGAACAUCACACCAAGGAGCACGAGUGGCCCUGGUGACGCACACGACGCCAGGCUUCUGGCCUGGUGUGGGUCGCCCACCAGUGCGCCAGGGCUUCCACUUGACCUCUUAUGGUCACCGGGUGCAGAUGCAGAGACAUGUCCGCGAGGCAGCAGGCCACCCCCUCCAGGGAGCCCCUGCCCUGGGCCACGCCCUGGAGUGGACGCUGGAGAAGGUGCUCCUGGCAGCCCCACUGCCGCGGAAGGCACGGGUUCUCUUUGCCAUCGUGGCCAGUGAGACAAGCAGCUGGGACAGAGAGAAGCUAUGGACCCUGUCCCUGGAUGCCAAGUGCAAGGGCGUCACCCUGUUUAUGCUGGCCAUGGGCCCCGGUGUGGGGUCCAGUGAGCUGGGGGAGCUGGCCUAUGUGGCCAGUGCCCCCUCUGAGCAGCACCUACUUCACCUAGAGGGUGCCUCGGAGCCGGAGGUAGCCUACGCCCGGGGAUUCACACGGGCUUUCCUGACCCUCUUAAAAAGUGGAACAAACCAGUAUCCACCUCCAGAGCUCAUUGAAGAAUGUCAGGGUCUAACCCGUGGGGACACUCUGCUGCAAUCAAUCAUGCCUGUCAAAAGGUUAACCAACCACCAGUUUGGCAUGUCUGGGUUUGCUGGUGAUUUGGAAGCACUUAAAGCAACAAACAUUUUUCUAGAAGAGAAGAGAAAAGGCAUGACAACGUCUGUAACUCAGCAAGAAGCACUUGAAACUUAUGAAAAUAACAAAUAUGAUGCUGAAAAAAAUGAACAAGAAACACCAUUGAACCAGAAAGAAACUAGGAAAGAAAUAAAUUCAGGCCCUUGUCCCAUGGAUCCAAUGGAAGGCGAGUGCCAGGAUUAUACCCUGAAGUGGUACCACAACAAGGAAAACCAAGCUUGCCAGCAGUUCUGGUACGGUGGCUGUGGAGGCAAUGCCAACCGGUUUGAAACCAGGGAAGAAUGUGAGGCUCAGUGUGUCCCAAUAGCCCUGCAGAGUUAG